CCGCAGCCUGCCACCUGUAUUCUAGGCUUCCAAAAAAAGGUGCAAACAAACCAAACCACAGUGGAAACACGCAUCUCACACCAUGGAUGUUAAUCGAAUUCACCUCUUGAUUAUCCAACUUCGCAAACGGAUCAGAGGACUAGCCUUGAUUCAAGAUCGUAUCCAAGAUGACGUAAAUAUGUUCAAAGAUGGCGAUCCAAAGCUCAAGGAUAUUUUCGAGGAAACGCGCAAAUACUAUCUCGAUCACUUGGGUAUCACAGUCGAACAACUACGUGAAGCAAUGGAAACACCUGAGAUCGAGCUCCCACCCGAGGAGAUCUUCGUCGAGAGAAUAUUGAGGAGGGUUAAGCCGAUUACGAAGCGGUAUCUCGAGCAGCUCGUCCAGACAGGAAGGAUCACCAAAUGCGACAUGGAGUGCAUAAUCGACGGGGAAUAUACCAGCGUUGAGGCGUUCUUCGACGACGUAUACAACAACGUUGAAUCAUUCGGCGCUGAAAAGGAUGCGAAUUCCUCUUCAGAUGGUGCACAAGCAACAUCCAGUCUCGAAAUAUACGACGAAGAUGGAUUCCUAACACUCAUCGAUGCUGCCAAUCAGGAUGAUGAGCAAGGGGAUUCCCAAGAUGAUAACACCGACCCUCAGAAAAAAGCACAUACGGAUGAACUAGGAACAUUAGUGCUAGGUUCAGGCGACAUAGUACCCCCGGUUAAGCUAGAAGCACCGGAUAAACCAUUGGAGGACAUGGAAAACGAGAUCGAGAAACAGCCAUCUCCUGAAGCCUCGACACAAACGGAAAGCAGUGAUCCUGAUACUUCGGACGGAAGCUCUUCGGUCGACUGUCCCAUAGAUGACAACGAAACCAGCUUGUCUGACAUAGAAACCUCUGAUUCCGGUGACUCGGACGUAAGCUCAUUACUGAAUAGUCUUGUGGGCGACGAAGAGCACACCGAAGUAGAGGAAUCCGAAUCCGACGAACCUGAAGAGCCCCCGCAACCUUUCCUCCGUGCAAUUCCCAAGACGAGCGCGCACACGGACGGCGACUCCGGUGAGCAAAAAGAGGGCGGCAACGGCAGCGAUGACAUAUUGGAUACUUGGCUACCAUCCCACCAGAUGUUCUACUGGCAGUACGAGAUCAUCUUCGCCGCAAUUUUGACCUCGUUUAGAUUCAAGGAGAAAUUCCAGUCCGCGAGGGACGCCUACAAGGCUGAUCCCUUUGCCGAUUGGGAUUAA